UCAGAGAAACAGUUUGAUGUCACAUCACAAAGAGGUACAAUGGAUCCAACAAGUCUUCAACGCCUCGUCUUCCUCACCUCCCUGCUGAGCUGCUCCACUAACCAGGCUCGUCUGACGGUGACUCCCAGCAGCUCUCAGGUAUUUGAAGAUGAACGUGUCUCUCUGAGAUGUGAGGACGCCUCUGAUGGAUGGACUGUGAGGAGAAACAGGAGCUAUGAGAACAGAGCUGAGUGUGGAGUCGGCUGGGGAAGACCUGCUGGUUCCUCCUGUACCAUCAGCUCCUCUGACCCUUUGGACAGUGGAGUGUACUGGUGUGAGUCCACAGAGGGAUCCACCAGUAACACCAUCACCAUCACCGUCUCUGGUGGAUCAGUGAUCCUGCAGAGUCCUGCCCUCCCUGUGAUGGAGGGAGAUGACGUCACUCUGAUCUGUAGAACAAAGAUGGCCGCCCCCCCCCCUGCUGAUUUCUACAAAGAUGGCGUCCUCAUCAGGACUGAGUCUGAUGGUCACAUGACCCUCCUCCAUGUCUCCAGGUCUGAUGAAGGCCUCUACAAGUGUAGAGUCCAGAGUAAAGGAGAGUCUCCAGAGAGCCGGCUGUCUGUCUCAGAAAAACCUACCACCACUUCCUCUCCUCCGACAUCCACCACGAGCCCGCCUACUUCCUCUCCUCCGACAUCCACCACGAACCCGCCUACUUCCUCUCCUCCUACAUCCACCAUGGACCCGACCACACCCCAACCUCAUCCCCGCUUCCUCCAUAUUGUGUUCAGGGUGAUCUGCCACCUGGUGGUUUUCUGCCCGUACUGCAUCUCCACUUUCCUCAUGGUGUCUAUAUAUCGAGAGAGGGCCAGAGGAAGCGACCACGCUGAGCAGGGAUUGGACGAUGACGACGAUGAUGUCAUGUCUGCUGUCACCACGGAGCAUCAGUUCUGAAACAGUGGAGGACCCAGAACGCUUCCCUGAGGAACGCCAUGUUUUGAACUCAGUGUAAUUACAUUCAAUCAUGUAUUGACUGAUAUCGUGCACAUGCAAUAUUAUUCCCUUUAUUUCUGAAGCAGUGGUCUAUUAGCAUUAGCAGCUAAUGCUCAGUACAAAGAAGAUAUGCAGAUACAAAGAAAACAUAUACUAAAGUUAAACAAUUAAAAAGUUGUAAUUUUGGCCAUUUUCUUUCACAUUUCAGGAAAAUCUACUAAACUUUUAAAAUCAUUGAAUUCAUUCAGGAUUUAUCCCAAAAAUCUCCUAAAGCUUUUCACAAACAUUACAACAGUGAUGUAUGUAUUAAAUGUACAUCACCAUAUGUAGAAGUUGGAACAUUGUUUAUUUGAUAGAAAUCUUGUAGAAAAUCAGCUCCAGGAUCUUUAUUGACUUAUUGACGAGUGGAAGGUGAGUCUAGUUUACAGUUACAUUAAAUAACUCUGCGUAUAAACUCUUAUUCAUUAUCUGUUCACCAG